AGACAAGGUGGGCAGUAGAACACAAAGGUCGAAUCGUACUCCAGUAUAUCCUAUCUGUUCUUUUCAUUUUCAUUUUCAUUUUCAUUUUCACAUUAGAAUCAUAAUUUGUUGCUAGUGGAAAAAGUAUUUGUGAUUGUUGAUUUUUAUUUCCUCAUAUCCAGUUCGAAGUUGUAAUAUAUAAAAGCGAAAGGGUUAAACGUACAACAUCAAACCAAAUUAAUUAUAGAAUCUAAUAGAGCUUUUUUUUUAAAAAAAAAAUAUUAUCCAACAGGAAGAUACAAAAAAGAUACAUUACAUAAACAGAAAAUAAUAUAUCAAGAAUGUCAAACGCAGAAGCUAGUAAGUUAUACGAAACAAUCAUUGAAGACGUGAUCAAUGAUUCAAGGCAAGAUUUUGAAAACAAUGCUAUUGAUGAAUCUACAUUACAAGAAUUGAGAAAAAUAUGGUGUGAGAAAUUAAGUCAAACAGGGGUGGCUAAAUUUUCAUGGGAUGAAGAAUAUGAAGAACACCAUGAUGAAGAUCACCAAGAUGAUGUUCAACUGAAUACCAAUGGUACUGCCAGCAAUAACGUCCUUGAUGGUCUUGGAAAUGUUUCUGAUUUGGGAGAUGUUCCUACUACUACUGAUAUUGCCAACAAUGGCUCAGAAUUGGAGUUGCCAGAUGUUCAAUUAUCGUACAAUACAACGACCAGUAUGGGCAUUGAAUUGCCAGUAAUGUCAAAGAAAGAAGAGGACGACUCAGGAUUGAUUCUUCCAAGAAUAAAUCAAGCUGAUGGUACAUUUGAAUUCACGAUAUAUACAGAUUCUGCUGAUAAGUUUAUAAAUACUUUAAAAAAGAAAAACAAAAAGACCAAAAUACCACAAGUCGAUGGUGACAUUGGUGAAGACGUUGACCUUGGUAAUGAUGACGAUGAUGAUGAUGGGGACAUGUUUAACGAUUCUGAUGAUAUCAAUUCGGAUUUAGAUGAUGAAUUUGACAGUGAAAGAUCCGACGAAGAAGAUGGAGACCAAGAAGGUCAAAUCAUGUUAUGUCUCUAUGAUAAAGUUCAACGUAUCAAAAACAAAUGGAAAUCUAACUUGAAGGAAGGUAUUGCCAACAUAGAUGGUAAGGAUUAUGUAUUCCAUAAAGCUACAGGUGAGAGUGAAUGGUAACUACACAGUAACUUAUCCAUUUAAAGUAUUUACAAAGUUUGUAAUGUAAUAAAAUUAUGUAUAUUUAUGACAGUCUAUGUAUAAAUAGGGGAGAAAGGUAUGUUUAAACUAUAUUUCCUUUCAUCUUUCCCUUGCUUCUGAAAUUAUUUCUUCUCUUCUUUUAAUUCAGGAUAUUUCUUAUAGAAUUCCUUCUUUUUCUUUCUGUUUCUAAUUGCUCUAGCAAGCAUAGCACCUAAACCAGCGGUGGAGUUUCUUGGUAUAUCGUUGUAAUCAUCCAACAUUAUGUAGCGAAUAUUCUAAAGUUAAAUUUGUAAUAAUAGUUAUUUAAAAUUGUUUGAU